AUGAAGACCCGGUCGAUCACAUCCACUGUCGAGCACUUGCGUCGCCGUGCAGAGCUCAUAAAGCAAUCGCACCAGUACCUCGAGACGGGUGGAGCUAGUAAUGAAAGGACCGGCGGCCGUGUCCACUGUCCGCUCGGCGACGAGUACAAGAGACCCGAGGAGUGCCUAGGCCCGAAGCUAAUCGUGAUCCACAAGCUCCACGAGAUCGCCUCAGCAUGGCGCUUGUUACUCUGCGAAGCUGGCCGUCUUGUAUCCGGGCAAGACCUCGUUUUCCUGCGUAUCUCGGAGAAAUCUCCGCCUUACUCUGCCAUGACCUCACAACCUCACCGGGUCAUUGGAUCGACAGCGAUAUCCACGACCCAGUCCCAGGGGACGGGUGAUCGCUGA